UAUCAAACUACGGCGACAGCACUGGUGUCUAAUGGUUUCAAUGGUGGUCGUCUUGAUUGUAUGCCUGGGUAUAUUUCUACCAAUUUCAAGGUCUGAAGCGUUCAAUGCUCUAAGUCCUGCUCAACAGAAGAAAGCUGUCGUUGAACUUCUAACAGAGGUUCCUCUAAUCGACGGGCACAACGACCUUGCCUGGAACCUACGAAAAUUUGUGCACAACAAGCUGGAGAAGGUCAACUUGUCCACCAAUAUCAAGUACCUAGAGCCUUGGUCCGUAUCAAAAUGGUCACACACUGAUUUACUACGGUUACGAGAAGGAAGGGUGGGUGCUCAGCUAUGGACUGCUUAUGCUCCGUGUGGAUCUCAACAUAAGGACGCUGUACAGAUUACCCUAGAGCAAAUAGAUCUUAUUAAACGUAUGGUGGAACAGUAUUCGUCCUACCUACAGCUUGCACAAACUGCUCAAGAAAUCACUGAUGCUCACAAGUCUGGUCGAAUUGCCAGUCUUCUAACUGUAGAAUCAGGACACAGUAUUGGAACCAGUUUAGCUGUACUCAGAAUGUUCCAACGUCUGGGGGUUCGAGUUCUAACCCUAACACACAACUGUGAUACGCCCUGGGCUGACUGUUCUCAGGCUGAUAAACCUGGUGCCAAACCUACUCACAAUGGUCUCACAACCUUCGGACAGACUGUUGUGAAGGAGAUGAAUCGACUGGGAAUAAUUGUCGACUUGUCGCACUCGAGUAUACAGACUGCACGCGACACUCUGGCUGUCUCUGAAGCGCCGGUCAUCUUUUCACAUUCUUCCGCGCAUGCGCUUUGUAAUUCAACCAGAAAUGUUCCGGACGAUGUCUUAAGAAUAGUGGCUGAAAGAAGGGGGCUAGUGAUGGUCAAUUUUUUCUCCUAUUUCCUCACCUGUAGCAAUCAUUCAACGCUUAAUGAUGUGAUAAGUCAUAUAAACCAUAUAAGAAGAAUAGCAGGAAUCGAUAGUGUUGGAAUUGGUGCCAGCUAUGACGGAAUUAGUGCGGUACCUAAAGGAUUGGAGGAUGUAUCUACCUAUCCUGCUCUCUUUACAGCUCUGCUAGCCAGUGAUUCCUGGAGCAUAGAUGAUCUAAAGAAACUGGCGGGUUUAAAUUUUCUCCGGGUCCUGAAAACAGUAGAGGAGGUCUCCAAUGAGUACCAGAGCAGUCCAGGCGAGGUUCAUAUUCCAGGGGAGAAGAUCAAGGAUUCUUUGGAUUGCAGAACAUCAAUUUAAACAAAUCGUCGCCAAUUUGUUUUAUUUCUUAAUCAGCUGAUUCAACUACACACACGCCGCUAGUCAAAUUUUUCUUCAAAUCAGCUGGUCUAAAAACCAAGAUGUCACCUACUUCUAAUUGCCAAUCAAAUUAGUUUUUUAUUCAUCGACCACGCUUCUGGUUCAAAUUAGUGAAUUUUAAGAGACGAAAUCAAACUCGCCUAUACAAGAAAAAGCUCCAAAGUUGUGCCUGGUGUAAGCUAAUGUUUAUGUACAGCAGAAAUUUCGAAACACAUGAAGUUAAGGAUAUUGAAGAAACCAUAUGUACCUUGUCACUGCCAUAUUAUGAAAAGUCUCUGAGCUGCAGCCAAGCAGAUUAAUGUCUAACGACUCCAGUAUCGAGUAUCCGCACUCAACCACAGCUCAAUGUUAUUAUUAGAAAGUGUAAGUAUCGGUAGGAUAUGUUACUAGUUAUUGUUUGCACUGUGCCAUAUACGGCAGCUAACAAAAAGUAGUGUAUAGGCAUAGUGUUCAAAAAUUAGAAAACGACCCAGAAAAAUUGUGCUAUUUUACUUGUUCAUUAGAGAUUUAAAUCUUUUAAGAGAAAAAUUGUUUUAGAUUUACUUUUAAUUAUUUAAUGUUCUUCACGUUGAUUGUAGAAUUAUUUUAUCUGAUCGAGUUUCGAAAACUAGAUUUCCAAAAUUAUUGGAAAGAUGGAACUGUUUUUAAUCUUUUUAAAACAUAAGGAUCCUUUGAAAGAAAUGGCCCACCGCGCGUUAAAUAAUAUAAAAAUACAGAUUUACGAUUAAAAGAAGAUAGAAGGUUGAUGGAAUGAUUAAUACAUGGAUUUGAGAUUUAGCAGGCCUUGAAUGUUUCAGGUGUAAAGUAAAGAAAAAUGGUUUUGUCGGGAACAUUCUUUAACUUGACUCGAUGAAAAAUAUCCAGGACAGAAUCUGAGAAGUUUUCAGUAAAGAAUAAUCUUUCAUCCUUUCAUAUUAAAAUCAUCCAAUAUCUCUUAACAGUACACAGUACACAUUUUCUUACCAACAGAUUUAGAUUAAAUCCUUUAACAGUAGACAGUGCACAUUUUGAUACCAUUGGAAUUAGAUUAAAUCCUUUAACAGUACACAGUACACAUUUUCUUACCAACAGAUUUAGAUUAAAUCCUUUAACAGUAGACAGUGCACAUUUUGAUACCAUUGGAUUUAGAUUAAAUCCUUUAACAGUACACAGUACACAUUUUCUUACCAACAGAUUUAGAUUAAAUCCUUUAACAGUAGACAG